UCUCCUCCGCCAACAUGGCGAUUAUGUGAAGUAAACAGUUUAUGUCCGCAGGCCAUGAGGGUCCUUUGCUGCUGGAUGGGCCUCCGCCGGACCCACCUGCUUUGGCCGGUACUGCUGCUACUCCUGGUCGGUGCAGUCCUCACUGCUCUUCUGCCAUCUGCUGAGGAGCAUGAUGGAGGAGCAGGACUCCUUGGGGUUCUCCGCAGGGACACAGUCCAGAAGGAAAACCCUGCACAGGUCCACCAUGUUGGCAGCACAGAGGAAGAGCACAGGUUCACCAUCAUCAUCCAAACCUACAACCGCACAGACAUCCUGCUCAAACUGCUGAACCACUACCAGGCAGUGCCUCAUCUCCAGCAGAUCAUUAUAGUGUGGAACAACAUUGGGGAGCCCACACCCCUGAAGACAUGGAACUCCCUGGGGCCUCAUCCAGUUCCUUUACUGUUUAAGGAGCAGAGUACAAAUCGGAUGCGUAACCGACUACAGCCAUUCCGGGAGAUAGAUACUGAUGCUGUGUUGAUGCUGGAUGAUGACACCUUGGUCAGCGUUCCUGACAUCAGUUUUGCUUUCUCUGUCUGGAAGCAAUUUCCUGACCAGAUUGUUGGGUUUGUUCCCCGGAAACAUGUCACAACAUUGAGUGGAGUGUACAGUUACGGCAGCUUUGAGCUUCAGGAUCCAGAAACUGCAGGAGGUGACAAGUACUCCAUGGUGUUAAUCGGCGCUGCCUUCUUCCAUCGCCGCUAUCUGCAGCUCUUUCAGGACCAGCCUCAGGCAGUACAUGCACUGGUGGAUGAAACGCAGAACUGCGAUGACAUUGCCAUGAACUUUGCCGUGUCACUGUAUUUGAGGAAGAACUCCAGAUCCCGCAGCUUUAACAGACCCUCAGGGGUCUUUGUCAAACCUGUAGACCUCCGCAACCUGGAGAAGGAUGCUAGUAGUGGGUACCAGGGUAUGUGGCAUCGGCCUGAACACCUCCUUCAGAGAUCCUACUGUCUUAACAAGCUGGUGCAAAUCUACGGUGCCAUGCCCCUCUGCUUCUCCAACAUCAUGGUCUCCCAGUUUGGUUUUCCCAACUAUGCCAACCACAAGAGUAGAGGCUGACAGGUUUGAAACCAUAUAAGGACAUAUACAUGCAGAUGUCUGAGCUUUAAGUCCAUAUUUGUUUUUCAGUGUCGAUCACUACAUUUCUCAAGGUCCAGACUUGCCUUGUUACCUCAAACUGACAAGAACAGGCUCCUUGUUAGAGCUUUGGCUAUAGUCUUUGGUCAUUUUAUGUUUGAUGAUAUACCUUAUCUUCACUGUUACAUCAGCAGAACCAUGUUGGACUGCCUACCUCUUUACAACAGGAAGAAUCUCUGUAGCUGUAUGAAAUGUACUGUUGCCCAAGCCUUUUCUUCAACAUGUACAAUGCUCUGACUAUUAGUGCAAUUAGUAAUAGCCUGCAGGUGUUUGUCGCUGACAGGUGACCUUUUUGUUUUGUAACAGUGAUUUGCAAGACUGGUGCUGAAUCAUUACAUUCAUUGCUGCACUAGAGUUAAUAAUUUAGCUUAGAGCACUUGUCACUGUACUGUGGCGUUUGUGUACGAAUCUUGUACAAUUUAGAACAGAAGGUUUAGGAUAGUGGUUUCAUUUGAAAAGUGUAAAUGUGUAAAUCUUCUUUCUUGUACAAUCACUUUUUAAAAACUGCCUUGAAAUAAAGUCUAUAUUUGUCUAGAUUGGAUGAUUUAAUGGCUACAUGA